AAGACAGGAGAUGAUGAAACAACUAGAGGAGAAAGACACACAACUGGAUGAUAUGACCCAGGAAGUGAGAGAGAAAGAGAGACUCCUGGAGGAGAAGAACCAGAUAAUGGGACAGAGGGAGAAACUAUUAGAAGAGAAAGAAAACCAACUGGAAGAGAAAGACAAUCAACUAAAGGAAAAAGACCUUCAACUAGAGGACAGCAACCACAGACUGGGAGAGAAGGACAAACUACUGGAAGAGAGAGACAAACUACUGGAGGGAAAAGAAAAUGAACUAAAAGAGAGGAGGCAGGAAGUAGAAGAGAAAGAUAACCUACUAGAGGAGAGAGAGAAGCAGUUAAAGGCAAGAGACAAACAGGUGGAGGAUGUCAACAAUGAAAAUGCUGAACUGGCUCAACAGAUAUGUGAUGUGAAGACUGAGGUAGAGAGACUGAGAAGAGAGAUCUCAGCCCAGAUGACUGAACAUGGAGAGACGUCAGAUACAGGUUCCAUACUCCCAGUCAGGAGGAGACACAGCAAGGAUGAUCCUCCAGACAUGGGAGGAGAGACCUCAGAUACAGACCCCACACUUCCACUGAGGAGGAGACACAGCAUGGAGUUAAUUCCUCCAUCUAUGGGAGGAGAGAGCAGCAGUCCAGACUCCCCAGUGUCUCCCAGUGUGUCUGAGCUGAGACUGGUGCUGCUGGGGAGGACUGGGGCUGGGAGGAGUGCAGCAGGAAACACCAUCCUGGGCAGAGAGGAGUUUGGGGCCCAGGCCAGCCCCUCUGCAGUGACCCAGAGGAGUAAGAGGAGAGAGGGGGACGUGUGUGGGAGACGGCUGGUGCUGGUGGACACUCCAGACUGGUUCUGUCCUGGACUCUCUCUGGAGGAGAUGAGACAGGAUGAGGGGCUCUGUGUCCGUCUGUCUGCCCCGGGACCCCACGCCUUCCUCCUGGUCAUACCAGUGGAGCCCUCUAAGGGGGAGGAGAGAGGGGUGCUGGAGAGAAUAGAGGAGGUGUUUGGGGAGAGUUGUUGGGAACACACUGUGAUUCUAUUCACCCAUGAGGAUGGCCUGAAAGAGCAGAGCAUUGAGGAGUUUCUCCAAGCAGGAAGUCAGGACCUCCAGCAGCUUGUAGAGAAAAGUGGGAGCAGGUACCACGUCCUCAACAUUAAGGACAGGGCCCAUGGCACUCAGGUAUCAGAGCUGCUGGAUCAGGUAGAGGAGAUGGUGGCAGGAAACAGAGAGAGCUUCUACAGCAGUCAGACCUACCAGGAGGCAGAGGACCAGGUUAGAGAGAUAGAGGGAAAUAUCCAGAGAGAGAGAGUAGAGAGGAAACAGAGGGAGGAGAGAGACUUGAGAGAGAGGCUUCAGAAGGAGUUCCAGGACUCUCUGAUAAAGAUAGAGGGAGUGAUCCAGGAACAUGAGGGAGAUAUCAGAACACUCAGUGAAAGAACCAGUGAACUGGAGAGACAGGUGAAAGAAGAGAGGGAUGAGGAGAAGAAAAGACAGCUGGAGAGGGAGCUGAAGAGGGAGUCUGAUAGGAGGGAGGAGAUGGAGAGAAAGAUGGAGAUAUUUAGAGAUAAGACAGAGAAUGAGAGGAGGGAGAUGGAGGAGAGACACAGACAGGAGAUAGAGAUGAUGGAGAACUAUGAAGGAGAGGCCAGAGUUGAAGCAGAGAGAAACCUGAUGAAGAUAGUCCUACCUGAGUUACAGAGGAACAUCAUGAUCUCACAGACAAAGAUGCAGAGGGAGUUCAGCAGACAGAUGGAGGAGAAGAAUAGACAGAUGAAGGAGAAGAAUAGACAGAUCGAGGAGAAGAAUAGACAGAUGAACGAGAAGGAUAAACAUAUGGAGGAGAAGAAUAGACAUAUGGAGGAGAAGGAUAGACAUAUGGAGGAGAAGGAUGGAGAAAUGGAGAGACUGAGACAGAAUUUGAAAGAAGUCAGGGAAGCUCACUCAGUGUUGCAGAAGAGAAUGGAACGAGAGGGGAAAGGUCAGAGGGCACUGAUAGGGUUGUUGGGCUGGGUCAGGAGAAACUCAUCAAGUUGGCUUCUCCACAAUCUGACAUGAUUCACCAUCACCGUCUAUGUGUAGAACCAGACCAGGUCUACUGUCCACUGUACCGUGGUGAGUGACCAUGGAUCAUGGUGAUCAUGGGGAAAACAGGUCAGAAUAAUGUCUGGUCCAGUCUACAGUGUCUAGAGAAGGAGGGGAGGGAGGUCUGUAAAUAUCUUGAUGAGACUUAGA